GCGAGUCGUAUUGCACGGAUGGAAAGAAAUCUCUCGAAGGUUCCCCUUUGUAUCAGUGAGAAGAUAUUUUCUCUGUUUCCGAACAAAAACGCCACCCUAAAAAAAAAAGAAAGACAAACGCACAGGGCCUCUCUAUUCUUUUUCCCUGUGAAGGGCUCACAGACAUUCCUCUGUGGCUCUCUUUGUCUGCUUGUUGCCUCUGGUUCUCCAUGGUGUGAGAGAAGCUUGCUGCUAUAAUUAAAGCUUUUGCUUUAUCUUUGAAGGCUCUGUUUUUUCUUACUUUCUAUUUUUUGUGUUGUUGGGUGGAUUGAGGGUUUUGUCGGGUGUGUGAGUUAUGGAUAGGGAGGGAGGAUCCAACGGCGGAUCUUGCUACUAUGCCGUCCUCGGGAUUCGCAGGGACGCCUCCUUCUCCGAUAUCCGUACCGCUUAUCGCAAGCUCGCUCUGAAAUGUCACCCAGACAGGGCUCGGAACCAAGCCGUGGCCGGAGAAGCCAAGCGGCGGUUUCAGCAGAUCCAGGAAGCCUACUCGGUUCUCUCGGAUCAGGCGAAGAGAUCAAUUUACGACGCCGGCCUCUACGACCCUCUUGAAGAAGAAGACCAAGAAUUUACGGAUUUCAUGCAAGAGAUGCUGUCCAUGAUGAACAAUGUCAAGGACGAGGCAAACAGUUUCGAAGACCUCCAGAAGAUGUUCGCCGACAUGGUCGGUGGUGGAGAUGGGUUGGGAUUCGACUUCAGCGGCAUGGAUCCGACGUCAUCAAAGAAGCCACGUGUCGGUGCAUCCAACACCGGCAAGCGCAGCGCGUCUCGGCGGUAGCGCGCUGUACCUGAUCAUGGAAGUUGAUGUCCUCUCCUACCGCCCGAUUGAACUUUUCUUUUCUGCUUUGUGCCCUUUCUUUCUUUCAAUUGGGAAUUGAGUUAAUUCCCCAAAUUAAAUGUGAAAGUGGUAGGUUGGUUUAGGUUAAUCCAGUUUGGUUUGUUGUGACAGUCUAGUUGGUACCUUUUUAAUAAUAAAAUGAUUUUAAAAUAUGA